AUGGGAAGGGUGGUGACUCAAGGAUGCCAGGUCGUUGUGGCGGCCAUCAGGUCUCACAGGAACGAUGCGCACACGGUGCGAUACUGGGGGCCGGAGAAAAUCGAUUCUAUGCACAAAGUGACGUUGGAGGUGGAAGGGGAGACGCAGAUGUUGAAUCUGGCGGAGAAGCUGAAGGGUGGAGGGAUUGUUCAUAAAUUGUGGAUUGAACAACCAGUUCCCCCAUCUAUAUUUCUACCAAGCCUUACCCUAAAUCUGAAGUUGCUUCGUUUUCAAGAAGCUAAAGCUCUACAAGUGAAGUGA